AUGGCGAUACAAGAAUUGUUGGAGGAAGCCCUGCAGUGGAAGGUCAAUUUUCUUUUGCAAGAUGAACCUGAAUUCUACACAGUUGCUUUCAAUACAACAACUCUAAUUGAAUCUCCAAACACCGUUUCAAUGAAAGUGACAAAAAUAAUAAAACACAAAAAAUUCAACAUGGAUAUAAACUUUGAUUAUGAUAUAGCAGUUCUUAAGGUAAAACCAGUUGGAUCAUCAAACAAGUCUAUUUCAGAUAUAGCAAUAAAGUUGAACACUGAUCCAGUAAAGGAUCAUACCAAUUGUACAGUAAUAGGAUGGGGCGAUACAUAUGAGGGUUCGCAGGCAGGAAGCCCUUUUCUUCAAUAUGUAGAAAUACCAAUCAUUCCUAAAACAGAAUGUGUAAAAAUUUAUAUGAAUUUAUUAAAUAGUGACAUGCUUUGCGGUGGAUUACCAGGAAAGGACUCUUGUCAAGGAGAUUCGGGUGGUCCUCUUGUAUGCAAUAAUAAAUUGGCUGGAAUUGUUUCAUUUGGAGAGGGCUGUGGUAAAAAUCCAGGCGUUUAUACUGAUGUGUCACAUUACUUAGAAUGGAUUAAAAAUGCACAAAAUAAUGCUUAUAUUAUAAGGCAGUCUCAUACGCUUGUUAUUUCAGAACUCCAACCACAAUUACCGCAACAACAACUUCAGCCUCAGUUACCUCAACAGCAACUGCAGCCUCAAAUUCCGCAGCAACAGUUGCAACCCCAAUUGCCUCAACAACAGUUGCAACCUCAAUUACCGCAGCAACAGCUUCCUCAGCAGCAGCAACAACAGCUACCUCAGCAGCAACUACCUCAGCAACAGCAACCCCAGCUGCCUCAGCAGCAGAUGCCCGAUCAACCUCUUUGCACCGGAAUGAACGAAGAAUAUGGCUGCCGAAUGACUUGCGACGGCCGUUGCGACUCUUUUGGUUCUUUCUGUUUUAACGGCGUCAACAAAUGCCAAUGUUACUGCAGAUUUGGUUUUGUAAGAAACGCUAACGGUCAAUGUGUGCACUUACUAAAAUGCAUUUUUGGUAUGGGCAGAUAA